UCAACACACGAGCGCAAGCUCCCAAGAACGCAGCCCCCGUGGGAUUUGGAAGCUUCUCCAUGGGACACCGAGGCUCGUAGACGAAGCAGAGGAGGCCAGAAAAAUCGAAGAGCAAAAAGCAGGAAACCAUGGCGUUCCUCCUUCCCAAGCUCACCACGCCGUCCUGCAAGUUGCCCCCGAGCCCCCUCCUCAAGCCCCAGCUCGCCCUGCCAGGCCACAGCGGCGGCAAGAUCCACGGCUCCGGGUGCGGCGCGGCGCAGGCCGCAGCCCCGGGCCACCUCAGUCUCCUGCUCCUACUCAGCGCCUCGCAGCAGGCCGCCAUCCCGUCGGCCAAGUCCACACCGACCAAGAACCGGGGCAAGGGCGGCGGGGACCCGCAAAGGUCGGAUUUUUAUCUCAAUCUUGGGACGGCGGUGCGAACGCUGCGAGACGACCUGCCCGACAUCUUCGUCCGGGAACCCAACUACGAUAUCUAUCGUGAGGACAUCACAUUUAUCGACCCACUGAACACUUUCCAUGGGAUUGACAACUACAAGACUAUAUUCUGGGCACUUAGGUUCCAUGGGCGCCUGCUAUUCAGAGAAAUUGGGCUUGACGUAUCACGCAUUUGGCAACUGACAGAGAACUCAAUAGUCGUCCGGUGGGAGCUGUGGGGCACCCCCCGUGUCCCAUGGGAAUCAUAUGGCUGCUUCAGUGGCACGUCGAGGUACAAGGUUGACCGGAAUGGGAAAAUCUACGAGCACAAAGUCGACAACUUGGCAUUGGACUUCCCGCGAUCAGUCGCAAAAGUUGGCAGCAUUGCUGACAUGGUAGUCGCCACAUGCCCGCCCAGCCCCAAUUUGACAUUUUGGGAUGUGGUUGGGACAGGUGAUGGUUGCUCAUGGACAAAGCUUUACGAAGCUGUGGUCGAAGCUGUGGAACAGGAAGGCCACAAUUCCAGUGGCAUUGUCAUUGGAGGUCUAAUCACUUGUUCAUAGGAUGGAAUGAGCUCCAGGACUAGUUGCUUGGUAGUUCCUAGGGAAAUGUAUAGAAUGUGGGUACAUGAAUCAUGAUACUACUAAUAUCACUUUGUAUACUGUAGCUCUAGAACAGCAAAUUUAGAUAAAACACAUACUAGAUGGCUAUAUUUCAUCACCCGUUGUCACUUGUCACAUUCGGGGGUAGUGCUUUCACA